CUGUAAAAACCUCAUUUGCGUUCGACAAUCUGAGCUGUCAAGGUCUUAUUGUCAUUUCUGAGAAGAAGCGUUUAAUUACUCGACAUUCAGUGGAUACCUUCUGGAUAUUUUGUAUUCAACGGAUACCGUCUGGAUUACUCGAUAUUUAACGGAUACCUUUUUGGAUUAACGCAAUCUAUCAAAGUCUCUCUGCUCGAAGUUGAGCUUUUAAACUUUGAUUUUGACAACUAUUCUCAUUCCAACUUUGAAAUAGUCACUGUGUUGCCAUGGACAGACGUUUCAGUGAAAAUAACCUGCCAUUGCAAAUGCAGUUUGUUGCUGUCGCUAACGGCCCAGACAUGCCGGCAGUAGUACAGCUGAGGACCCAUGAGGAGCCCCCUCACCCAGGACUCAGAGAGUCCCUGUACUCAGCCAUCAAUGAGAUUAAGUCUCUGAGAGAUCAGAACAAAUCUCUGAUGACUGAGAAUAGUGAACUCAAGAAAGAGCUGACCAGCAAGGAGAAAGCUCUAGAAAGGGCCAAAACCGCCAACAGUGUGCUCAGUUACGCAUCAGAGGAGUGGAGAACGAGAUGUGAGGUCCUGGAGAAGGGCCUCGCCGCCAACACGUUCCAGCUGCAGGAGCUCAACAUCAAACUGCAAGAGCAGAAGCAGGUGUUGAAUGGCAGGCAGGUGGAGGUGAGCCGUCUCCAAGAGGAAGUUCGGGAAAAAACUUUCCUCCUCAACAUGGAAAUACAAAAACAUCAGGCUACAACCAAAGCCCACGUAGAGACCCUGCAGAAGCUGUCUCGCAAAGAAACCCAGCUCAACAGGAUCGAAGGACAGUGGAAGAGCCGGUGUGACGCUCUGGAAGAGAGCCAUGUCUCCAAAUCCACCCAGCUGCAGGAGCUCAACGCCAAACUACAAGAGCAGGAGCAGGUGUUGACCAACAGGCAGGUGGAGGUGAGCCGCCUCAAAGAAAAACUGAACCACAAUGAACACGUCCUCAUGACGGCCGUCCUGAAAAGGAGGCUCAACACGAAAGACCGUAUGGACACCCAGGACCAGUCGGCUCAGACAGAGCAAGAGCUCAAGAGGAGCUGGUGUGAUGCUCCGGAAGAGAAGCAUGUCUCCAACUCCACCCAGCUGCAGGAGCUCAACAUCAAACUACAAGAGCAGGAGCAGGUGUUGACCAACAGGCAGGUGGAGGUGAGCCGUCUCCAAGAGGAGCUUCAGGAAAAAACUGGCCUCCUCGACAGGGAAAUAGAAAAACGUCGGUUGAGAACCAAAGCCCACGUAGAGACCCUGCACCAGCUUUCUCUCAAAGAAACUGAACUCAAGAGGAUUGAAGAACAGUGGAAGAGCCGAUGUGACCGUCUGGUAGACAUCCAUGUCUCCAAAUCCACCCUGCUGCAGGAGCUCAACGCCAAACUGCAAGAGCAGGAGAAGGUGUUGACCAACAGGCAGGUGGAGGUGAGCCGUCUCCAAGAGGAACUUCAGGAAAAAACUGGCCUCCUCGACAGGGAAAUAGAAAAACGUCGGUUGAGAACCAAAGCCCACGUAGAGACCCUGCACCAGCUUUCUCUCAAAGAAACUGAGCUCAACAGAAUUGAAGGACUGCAGAAGAGCCGGUGUGACCGUCUGGAAGAGAACCAUGUCACCAACUCCACCCACCUGCAGGAAGUCACUAAACUUGCAGACCAGGAGGAGGAGAAAAAGAAAGAGGAGGAGAUGAUUGAGAAGAAAAGGGAGGAAGAGAGCACAAAGAUGGAUACUGAUGUGGAGGAGAUUAAUGUGGAGGGUAAAAGUGGAGCGAGAGAAAGGAAACAUACAAAGAGUCAUCACAAAAGGAGAGCGAGAAGAAGGAAUCACUGAAAUGUUCAGUAGCAAGGAGGAAUGGUUGGACUCCCCCCAAAACUCCAACCUGCCUCCUACUUUACCCUCUCCUGGCUCAGUCUUCCCUACUCUGUACCCACAACCCUGCUACCCUAAACCCUCCGCACCAGCCUCGCCCCACCCGCUACCGUCUCCACCCACAUUUAUUUAUUUAUUUAUCUAUUUAUUUAUUUAUU